AUGUCUUCUCUCCAACCAACAUUUUCUUCCAAAUCCAGUGCACACUUCAAUGAGUUUGAAUGGGUCAUUCAAAUCCAAAAAACACUAGAGGAAGAGCUUGAGGAUGAUGGGGAAAUCCCUGUCUCCAUUUUCAAUGUCCCCAAGGCCCUUUUGGCUAGUGAACCAGAUUCCUACAUCCCUCAAGAAGUUGCAAUUGGCCCUUACCACUAUUUGCGUCCUGAGCUCUAUGAGAUGGAGAGGUACAAAGUGGCUGCAGCUAAAAGGACCCAAAAGCAGCUCCAAUGCCUAAAGUUCCAAGACCUUGUUGAGCAAUUGAAGAAGCUGGAGCCGCGGAUUCGCGCUUGCUACCACAAGUAUUUGGAUUUCAAUGGUGACACUUUAGGUUGGAUGAUGGCCAUUGCUGCAUCAUUUUUCCUUGAGUUACUCCAAAUCUAUGGGGCCAAAGAAGGAAGGGUUUUGACCAGAGUUUCCUCAAGCAUGUCACACUUGGUUGACGUUUCAGGGAGCAAGUCAGCUCACCAUGCAAUUCUUAGGGACUUGGUGAUGCUUGAAAACCAAAUCCCACUAUUUGUGUCCAGAAGAAUUUUGGAGUUUCAAUUCACAUCACUGGAACAAGCCGACGACCUUCUGCUUUCGAUGCUAAUGGGGUUGUGCAAGGAGCUUUCACCAUUCAAGGUGGUGGAUCAAGACCUGCCAAAGAUCCAAGUCUCAGAAUGUGCUCAUUUGCUAGACUUUUUGUACCAAAUGAUCACCCCCAAGUUAGAACGUCGACCGUCUGAAAUUGUGGAAGCAGAGGAUGAAGGAGAAUCCACACCACAAAAGGGAUCAAAAUCUUCUGAUGAUAGCCCGAAUUUCGUGAAGCAGUUUCUGCAGGAGGUAUGGAAGCUGCUGUCGAAACUAAACGAAGGUCCGACAAAGAAGAAAACCAACCCCGAAAAUGAGAAUUCGAGCAAUAGCAUUAGUAAACCACCAUUGAUACAGGAGAUUACCAUCCCUUCUGUUUCUGAUCUUGUAAAAUCCGGAGUCUGUUUUGUGAAAACAAAAGGUAGCGUUUCGACCAUCUCCUUUGAUCCUAAAACAGUCACAUUUUACCUCCCUGCUACAAGCCUAGAUGUAAAUACAGAGGUGAUCUUGAGAAACUUGGUAGCAUAUGAAGUAUCAAAUGCAUCAGGGCCGUUGGUUUUAACCCGUUACACCGAAUUAAUGAACGGGAUCAUAGACACUGAGGAGGACGUGAAACUGCUUAGAGAGAAAGGUAUAAUUUUGAACCAUUUGAAAAGCGAUGAAGAAGUAGCCAACGUUUGGAAUGGUAUGAGCAAGUCCAUUAGAUUGACCAAAGUGCCAUUCUUGGACAAGACAAUUGAAGAUGUGAACAAGUAUUACAAUGGCAGAUGGAAGAUCAAAAUGACAAAGUUUAUGAAGUCGCGUAUUCCAUAUCACCACCACUAUUACUUAGUGAUGCUUUAUGCCUAA